UCAGAACACAGCCAUUAGCCAUUGCCAUGCCGACCAUGCCAUCCCAUGCACUGGCCCUCGUGCUCCUCCUUCUCGCAGCAAGCAAAGCAGCUUCCCAGGGGGUAUGCAUAGACCCCCGUCCUUCUUCCGCCGCAGCACCAGCGCCACCAACGUCCAACACUACCAACAGCAGCGCGUUCCGCACCAACGUCCUCACGCUCCUGAACGCCCUCCCCCAGGCCGUAGCGCCAACGGGCUUCGCCUCCCUCUCCUUGGGCACCGGCCGCGACCGUGCCUUCGUCCGCGGCCUCUGCCGCGGCGAUACCACGCCGUCUCAGUGCCUCGCUGACAUGCAAGCAAGCGUCAUCGACUUACGCGGCAGGUGCGCGUCAAACCGGAGCGCGGCAGCCUAUUACGACAAGGCCUACAUCACCUUCGCCGACACCAACGACACGAUCAACCUCUACUACGAGAAGCGCUCGCUUAACCUAAAUCGCAUGUUUCUUAUUGCAGAUAAUGCAGGAGAGGGCUUGAACUAUAUUAGUCUCCAAGUGUUGAGGGUUGCCACAUCCAAUUUUUCUAUAAACAACAAACUGGGAGAGGGAGGAUUCGGAGAGGUUUUUAAGGGGGAAAUGCAGGACGGAAUGAAAAUAGCCGUCAAAAGGCUGUCAAAGGACUCUGUUCAAGGGUUUGGUGAGCUGAAAAAUGAGCUAGUGCUAGCUAACAAACUUAAGCACAAGAAUCUGGUGCAGCUUCUCGGUGUUUGCUUGCAAGAGAAACUGCUGGUGUACGAAUAUAUGCCUAAUGGAAGCCUAGACACGAUUAUUUUCAAUUCGGAGAAGGCACACCAACUCGAUUGGAUGAAAAGAAGCAUGAUCAUCUCUGGGAUUGCUCGAGGUCUACUGUAUCUCCACCAGGAGUCUCGUCUAAAAGUCAUCCACCGUGACCUGAAGCCAAGCAACGUCUUACUGGACCUGGAUAUGAACCCCAAGAUCUCAGAUUUUGGUCUUUCUAGGGCUUUCGGUGGAGAUCAAUCGAUGGAUGUAACAAAACGUGCUGUUGGUACACUCGGAUACAUGGCUCCGGAAUAUGCGUACCACGGCCAAGUCUCUACCAAGUCAGACAUGUAUAGCUUCGGAGUCGUAGUUGUAGAGAUUGUGACUGGUAGGAGGAACAAUGCAUCACUCGACGAUGAUACUGCCUCCAGAUCUCUGCUCAGCCAGGUAUGGGAAGCGUGGAGCGCAGGCUCGAUGGAAGAGGUGGUGGAUCCUUCCCUGGGCAGAGGUUACCCCAAGAACGAUGUGCUAAAGUGCGUGCAGAUCGGGCUGCUGUGUCUCCAGGAGGAUCCCAGCGCCAGGCCGGCCGCGUGGGAGGUCGUCCUCAUGCUCGACAGCCCCUCCAUGUCCAUGACUAUGCGGACUCCGACCAGGCCAGCGUUCUGCUUCACACAACCUGGAGUCAGCAACCCCACGCUCAGUUACCAAAGCAGCCGGCCGCGGGGUGCUAUCACCAGCCAACAACUGCCUACCCCCGUUUCAGGCAAUGACGUGACGAUUUCUGAUGUCGAGCCUAGGUAGGAUGAUUUCAAACAAGUUUGCAUCAGUAAGGCGAAUACCAACUGUUAAAAAUAAUUGCCUUUAGUCAUGUCCGGAAAUGUACAAGAUGCUCGUUCAUGCUUCUUUAGCUAGCUGAUCAAGAGUGAGUCGAUAGAUACAUACGUGGGUCUAGUGAUACUAGUCGUAUUCAAUAAUGUUUAAGCUAAUAGUGAUCAAGGUAGCCGAGUGAUUAUUGUUGGCUUGCAUAUCAUAUGGAGCAAGCUGAGACCGGUUGUCAUGUCUGUGUAGGCCCAGGUUGUUUCUAUCGGCUGCCUGUGUAUAUAAGCAUGGGGAGGUGCGUGAGUAUUGUAACGUCUUGGUAUUCGAGAGAUUGUAAAUAAAGAAAACAAUGCAUGUCAGGUCUCUUUGGCAAA